AGAGUAUGCAAGUCUGCACUGCGUCCUGGACUACCUGAGCUCUGAGGCCUACCGACCUCUCAAUCGCACGGGCCGCUCUAUGGUGAACUGCCCGGGCCUGGCUACGCUGGAGGCUAACCGAAACUCGCUGAUUGACCGGAGAUCACAGCUUGAACUUGAGCCUGAGGUUGAAGCUCCGUCGAGUCUGCAGUUGUAGGAUACAGCGUCCGUUUAGAACUGGUGUCAUAGUUGACAAGCCGCUACAGAGAAGUUUAGGCUACAGCCUGAGCCGUGACUCCUGAAGGCUGAGCCUUGAGGUACCUUUCUGAGGCAAGUGCCCGAAUCAGCCGUGCUAGCAUUUGCGUACCGGUAUUCCAAAGUUCCACCAAAGUACCGAUUCUUGACUCUUCCCGCACCACAGGUGCUGUGUACAGGACCUCUCCCCAGCGGCUUCCCCUUCCUCUUUCCUGCUGGUGCCGGUGGUAGCCAUGGCGUCCACUUUCAGGUUCCACCAGUACCAGGUCGUGGGGCGGGCCAACCCCAAGUCGGAGGAGGAUGUGCCCAAGGUGUACCGCAUGAAGCUGUGGUCCACCGAUGAAGUGCGCGCCAAGAGCAAGUUCUGGUACUUCUUGAGGAAGUUGAAGAAGGUGAAGAAGUCCCACGGCCAGAUUCUCUCCAUCAACGAGAUCUUUGAGAAGAAGCCGACGACGAUCAAGAACUUCGGGCUGUGGAUCCGGCACCAGAGCCGCAGCGGGUACCACAACAUGUACAAGGAGUACCGCGACGUCACGCUCAACGGCGCCGUCGAGCAAAUGUACUCCGAGAUGGCCUCGCGCCACCGCGUGCGCUUCUCCUGCAUCCAGAUCAUCAAGACGGCGACCAUCCCGGUGUCCCUGUGCAAGCGCGUGAGCACCACCCAGUUCCACGACAGCAAGAUCAAGUUCCCCCUCACCUACCGCUUGAUCCGCCCCUCAAGCAGGAAGCUCAAGACAACGUACAAGGCAAAGAGGCCGACCACGUUCAUCUAAGCUGGUUGGACAGACCAUGUUUGGUGACUUUGAACGGUUGCUUGUCUUUCAUAAUCUUCAGAAGCCAUCCAACCGCUGUAAUGACCAUGUUGAGCAUGUGGAUGCACGUUGAUGAGCCGCCAGCUUCCAAGCGACCACCGGUGGGUCCCAAUUGACCGUCGAUGACAAGGGCUAAUAGGUAACGAGGUAAAGGUGAAGCCCAUGCAUGUGCAAGCGUAUACACACAACCAAGCAUGUGCAGUCACCUAGAGCCUACAUUCGUGUCAAUUCUUGCUUUGGUAUAUGAUGGUGACCCCUGCAUUAUAUGUCAGAUUUCAAAUCUGAUUGAUUCGCGU